AUGACUUCAGGUAAACCUAUAGUAUUAGGUGUAUUAGCAUUACAAGGAGCAUUCAGAGAACAUAUAGCUUAUUUCAAUUGUAUACUAGAUUCUAAUCCAGAUGAGUAUUCAAAUUUUGAUAUUUCAAUAAUUGAAGUUAAAACAAAGGAACAAUUGGAAAAAUGCGAUUCAUUAGUUAUACCGGGUGGUGAAUCAAGUUCUAUUUCAUAUAUAUCCGAAAGAACUCAAUUACUACCACAUUUAUACGAUUUUAUUGCAAACGAACAGAAAAAAACUUGGGGAACUUGUGCUGGAUUAAUCUUUUUAUCAAAAGAAAUACAAAAUGGUAUUGAGAAUCAAAAAUGUUUAGGUGGUUUAAAUAUCCAAGUUAAUAGAAAUGCAUUUGGUCGACAACUAAAUUCAUUUGAAAUAGAUUUGGAUUUUAGUAAAUUUAUAAAGGGUUGCGACAAAUUUCCAACUGUAUUUAUAAGAGCUCCGGUGGUUACUAAAAUACUUGAUGGAAAUUGUAAUGCAGUAGAAAAAGGUAUAAUCAAAUCUGAAAAUACUUAUCACAAUUCAGCACCAACUGAGAUUUUAUAUGAAUUGAAGAAUUAUAAUAAUUCAAAUAAUGACUUGAUUGUUGCUGUAAAACAAGGUCAUAUACUAGGAACCUCAUUUCAUCCAGAAUUGUCAGAUAACUACAGUUUUCACAAGUGGUUCUUAGAUGAUUUUGUCUUGAAAUCUUGUAAAUAG